AUGUCCACAACUGCAGUUGAGGUUAGUUCAACCUCUUCCUUAGGGGAGUCUGGAUCGCCAGCUCGAUGGAAGGCGGUUUAUUGUGCGGACGUGUAUUAUCGCCAUAUUCCAACGAUUGACAAUUUCAACAUCCAAGACCUUAACCCCUUUGAGCUUGAGGAUCGAGUUUUUUUCCCGGAGUGGUACUACUGCUUCAAGGAAAAGUUUCUGAAGGCUGUACCUACGGGCCGUGACUAUUGCACCUUAUCUUAUGACGAGUACAAACUGAGAUUCUUUGGUGGGCAGUAUGUAAUUAAUCAGGUGCCUUGUUCGGUUUACUUGUUCUUUGUGGAUUGUUUGAGGGAUCUUCUUGAAGGCAAGCGUUUUGGACAGGAUUUCGAGCACUUCACUCGUGAAUAUAUUGAAAACGAGACCAUUCCGAACAUUGAUAUGGAAAGCCUUGAAAGUAGGGUGAAAAUUACUGCACGUCAGGAUUUAUUGAAGAAAUGGGCAGUUCAAGGCAACUACAUGCCUUUGCUAAAUCAUCUUCUUGCGUUUUCAUCGACUCCACAAACUGUCUGGAAGUUUUUCAUCGAGGCCUUUGCUUCGAAAUUCAGAAAGUUGACUCGGUCUCAAAAGAAAGAUUUCAUUCAAUCUAUAACUGACGCACAGGAGAUUGGGACAGGCAUUACAAAUCAAAUUAGAAGUUGGUACGAAGAGAUGCAAGAAGAUAUGCUGCCAUGGCGUCCAAAAUAA